AAGCAGAUCGCAAAAUGGCGGAGCUGCCCAGUCCCGUGCGAGGGGCGACGGUGGCGCCUCUACCGCCUCCGCCGCUGCCUCCUCCCUCGGCUCUGGCCGUCGACGCCCGCGGCGUCUCCCCGCGCGGGCUCCAGCCGCCGGCCGCCAAGCGCCUGAAGGGGGACGAGCGCGGCUUCAAGGAGGCCAAGCGUCUCAACGGCGAGGGCCACAGGCAGCCUCCGCCUCACAUCCCCGUGGCGUCUUCCCCGGCAGGCCCCGCCGUGUGGAGCCUGGCCGCCUUCUCCUCUGGCGGUGGAAGCGGCCCGACCGGCGGCGGCGGCGGUUCCUUCGUCUUCCAGCCUCAGCUGCCCCCCAAGUUGCUUCUUCCGCCGCCUCCGCCUCCUCUUUCCCUCUGCCUGGCCGGCGUGGAGGGCCCCAGCGGGGCCAAGAGCAAGAAGCCCAAGGAGAAGCGCGAGAAGGAGAGGCGGAAAACCCUGCCCGGGACGGCGAUGACGGCGGCGCCUCCUCAGGGAAGCGGCCGGGAAGAGAACGGCGACCUGAAGAUGCUCCUCCAACAACAGCACCACCAUCGGCAUCACCAUCGCCCGGGCGAUGAAAUAAUCAGAGAAAAAAACACAGAACGAGACAAGGAAAAGCAGAAAGAAAAAAAGAAGCACAGAUUAAUGUCUGAAAUAAAAAAAGAGAAUGGAGAAAUGAAAUUAUUUCAGAAAGACAUAAAAGAAAAAGCGAAAAGCAAUGCAGACGAUCUACAGAUUAAAAAAGUAAAGAAGAAAAAGAAAAAGAAACAUAAAGAGUGUGAAAAACGGAAGCGUCCAAAAAUGUACAGUAAAUCUAUUCAGACCAUCUGCUCAGGAUUGCUUUCCGAUUUUGAGGAUCAAGAAGCCAAAGGCAUUGUGGAUCACCACCACCAUCACCAUCAUUUCAGUGAGAAACAUAAGAGUCCCAAGAAGGACUCUGAGUCCAAGAGAGUGGACAACAGUGAGUUUCCCUUUGUCUCGUUAAAGGAGCCACGGGUUCAGGACAAACUACAGAGGUUGGAUGUGCUGGAGUUCAAAGAGUUCAUUCAUGUGGAGCACCAGCCUAACGGAGGUGCCUCAGUGGUUCAUGCCUACACGAAGGAGCUCUCCCACUUGUCUCCUGUGGAGAUGGAGAGAUUUGCAGAGGAAUUUCUGGGCUUGGUUUUUAGCGAAAAGGAGAACUGCACCGCUUACUAUGUAAUGGGAAUUGUUCAUGGGGCAGCUACUUAUUUACCUGACUUUUUAGACUACUUUUCAUUUAAUUUUCCCAAUUCGCCAGUGAAAAUGGAGAUUUUGGGAAAGAAAGAUAUAGAGACUACAACUAUGUCCAAUUUUCAUGCUCAGGUAAAAAGAACAUAUUCCCAUGGUACAUACAGAGCUGGCGCGAUGAGACAAAUUAGCUUGGUUGGAGCAGUAGAUGAGGAAGUUGGGGAUUAUUUUCCAGAGUUCCUUGAUAUGCUGGAAGACUCACCUUUGUUAAAAUGUACUUUACCAUGGGGGACUCUUUCUAGUCUGAAACUAGAAAGUCGGAAGGACAGUGAUGAUGGUCCCAUCAUGUGGGUACGUCCAGGAGAACAGAUGAUUCCUGUGGCAGAUAUGCCAAAGUCGCCUUUCAAAAGGAAAAGAACUACCAAUGAAAUAAAAAACCUGCAGUACCUACCUCGUACUAGCGAGCCUCGUGAAAUGCUUUUUGAAGACAGGACGCGAGCACACGCAGAUCACAUAGGACAAGGGUUUGAACGGCAGACUACAGCUGCUGUCGGAGUGUUAAAGGCAGUGCAUUGUGGAGAAUGGGUUGAACAACCUCGCAUAACCAAAGACGUAAUUUGUUUUCACGCGGACGAUUUCUUAGAGGUAGUUCAACGGCUGCAGCUAGAUUUGCACGAGCCUCCACUUUCCCAGUGCGUCCAGUGGGUGGAUGACGCGAAACUAAACCAGUUGCGAAGGGAAGGCAUCCGAUACGCCAGGAUUCAGUUGUAUGAUAACGAUAUUUAUUUUAUUCCACGGAAUGUUAUACACCAAUUUAAGACGGUUUCAGCCGUAUGCAGUUUGGCGUGGCACGUGCGGCUCAAGCUCUACCACUCGGAGGCGGAAAACCAAACUGCCUAUGACACAGAUUCCCCAGCCGAUGGCGCGUCUCCUCUGACGGGACUUCAGACGGAGGGUGCCCCCCACCCCGUGGACGCCCACACCUCCGAAGGAACCAAAUUCUUAAGUAGCCUUCAGACUCAAUACGUGAAACAAGAGGUUUUGGCCCCCCCACACGAACCCAAUUUAUCUCUCCGGAAUCCUGAGGAAACCCUUCCCACUGACCUUCCAGAAAAGACAGCGCCCGCCUCCAGCGCUGCAGAAUGUGCGAAAGCGAGACUGGAUCACGCUUACUUGACAGGGUGGAGACUUGAGACUGACCCGAACCCCGAGCCCGGCUGCAGAUAUUUACAGGAUGUCGUGUGCCCCGGGGGCCAUGUGAACCUGGAUGACACGAGACAGAGGAGCUCAGCUUAUCCAAGUCUGCCUGGCAAACCAGAAGAUGAUUUUUUGUGUUAAGUGUGUGCGUGCGCAUGGGCGUGCGUAUAUGUUUUUAAAGUACUUUUAAAAUAUAACGACACAAUGUAAGGGAGGCUUUACAUUCUGUGAGGCAGGAUGUCUGUUUUUUUUUUUUUCCUGACCUGCCCUUGCAGCUGUUGCAGCAUAAAAUAGUACAUGUAGCUUUGUAACAUUCCUCAGUGCCUGUCCGUAACUGUAAACUGUUUGAAAGCACUUAGGGCCAGAUGCACUGUAAACACUGCAGGUAUAACAUUAAAAAAAAGUCUUUAAAUAUGAGUUGUAGGUUUUAGAAUAGAGCUGACAUUUAACAUAUAUAUUUUUUGUAAGAUAAAGCCAGAAUUCUUUUUGACAAUUCCAGGCUUUUCCAUAGAGCUUAUUUAUACCAUUUUUUUUCCUUUUUAAUGUGUCAGCACUGUAGUGUAAAUAGCUUUUUUUAAAAACAAACAAAACGAAAACAAAAAAAAAACUUUUUAGUGUGAUUUAUAUUAAAAUGUGAGCCGCUUAAUAAAGGUUCAUAAUAAUUAUUUUUAUUUUGAAAAAAAUCUCAGUCCUGGUAAAAUUAAAAAAAAGGAAAAUAUUCUUAUAUUAAAAAUGCAUAGAUGUAUUAAGUAAGAUAGAAUUUGUUGUUGAAUUUCACAAAAUCUUAUCUGGAGAAGAAUAUCCUUUUGGUUGGAUGCUAGAUGGUAUGUCAGAACGAAAGCGUAACUUUCUUCCUUUUUUCCUAUCGUACGAAUGUUAGACUUCAGCAAGGAUUGAACAUUUGAGUACUCUUGACAGACAUAUCACUAAAGUGGAGUCCUAAUGAGUGGCAAAUCAUAAAUAAAUACAAAAAAGAGGGUUACAAAAAAGAAUAGUAGUACACUUUGCCAGUUAUUUGAACAAAAUAUAUAAGUAGAUCACCUACUUAAUAUCUCCCCCCCACACCCCCUGUCCUUUGGCUGGGCACUUAAUUCUGUAACAAGCAGAUGACUAAAGACAGUUUUACAAUAAAUGUAAGAAAGGGGGUGGGGAGCAUUUCAUUUCCAACCAAGAAUAUAGCGCCGGAUCAAUGUGAAUUUUCCUCAUGCGUCUGGCUAAAUAAAGUUAGGAACAUGUUUAGUUUAAUUCCUUCUGAGCCAGAACGUAAAAGUUUUCCUUUAUGUAACAGAACACAACAACAGUUCUCUCUUUCUGACCUCUUUUAUGGCACAAACUAUGACUUCUGUUAUUCCCAGUGGGGAGUAUAAUAUGAAAAAUGUCCAGUAAAAUAUCCACUCAUCUCAUCGAUCAUUUUGAGCCUUCAGCUUUGCCAUACAGGCAAUGACUAUCUUCGCAGCAGCCCUGGCCCCCACAAUUCAGUUGAAUACACAGUAAACCCUCUCCUUGUCAUAUUACUUGAGUUUCUUAGUUCGCGUUGCUGUAAUUGUGAUAAUUUUAGAGAUCAGCAAAUCAUUAGACUUCCUUUGUGGGUGGGAUUGUUUUACAGUGAGGUUUAAUACAGUUUUACAGUGAGGUUUAAUAGGUGAGCCUGCAUCCAAUUGGUCAGGAAAGCUGGUACCAGAAAAAAGGGCUUGAGAGUCAACUAGCCUUCAAUGGGACCGGGUCGUCUCUUAAUUUAAGAUAGAUCUGCAGUAGGGAAUAUAUACUGCCCUGUCUCCAUACAAAAGACACAAUGAAAAUACCUGGUUGGCGUGUUUUGCUAUACUGAGUAUACAUGGAACUGCCUGGUGUAAGUUUGGAGGCAUACAUUGCAAUUGUAGAACCAUCAACAUUUAAAGCAAAGGCAGAUAUGCAGAGAGGUUGGAUACAAAGAAGGAGAAUAAUUCACCUGUGGCAACCAAACUUUGGGUAGAAUGUUUGAUUCUUGACCUCUUCCACUUUAAAUUCUAUGGGUAUUUCGAAGCUGUUGAAAAAGAAAAGCACAGCAAGAAAAAAAAAUGCCCUUGGACCUUUAAAACAUUAAAACCAGAUAAUAAUAAUUGCUGUGAAAUUAUAAGCACUCGGGAGGAUUUCUAGAAGGCUCUUGGUAUGAAUAUGAGUCAACAUGGUUUUCUAUAUGAAGGGAUGGUCAUAGCCCUUUCAGAUUGCUGAUGUCAGCAAAUGCUACUAUUUUCGUGUUUUUUUUUCUCUUUCUUUUUUUUUGGUACACAGUUUGAUAAACAUGUCUUAACAAUGUCAGGCAGUUUCUGUUAAGAGGCUGCUUUUGUGUUUCCCCCUUUGAGGUUUAUGUGGUGUGCUGAAAAGGUUACGAAGUGCCGGAACCUUUUGUUUAAACCAAUGGUUCACCUGAAACUAAGCUGUCAUUGGAUAUUGUCAUUUCUAUCUUUUGUAUGGCUAUUAUA